CUCUCUCUCUCUCUCUCUCUCUCUCUCUCUCGCUCAAGUCCUGUAUAAAGAUGUCCUUGAGCUCACCUUUAGUUUGUGAGAAUUUUUUGAAGAAGACUAGAGCUAGAUAAGAGCUGUAGUAAACAGCUUUCUUCGCCGAUUAUCAGAACAAACAUUCACAUUUCAGGGUUGAGAAGAUUGAACCAAGAGACCAUCAGAAAAGUUCAGAAAAUGUAUCAUCAUCAUCUCCAUCAAGGAAAGAACAUCGACCUUUCAUCGAGAAGUUGUGUCCCUCCAGAGAGGAAUUUGUUCAUGCAUAGUGGGAAUAAUGGCGGCACAGCAGGAGAUUCAGGACUUAUUCUUUCAACUGAUGCAAAGCCUCGAUUGAAAUGGACACCAGAGCUCCACGAGAGGUUCAUAGAAGCAGUUAAUCAGCUUGGAGGAGCAGACAAGGCUACUCCCAAAUCAGUCUUGAAACUUAUGGGGAUUCAAGGUCUUACCUUAUACCACCUAAAGAGCCAUCUUCAGAAGUACAGACUUGGUAAGAACCUCCAUGGACAACCUAACAACGGAACCAACAAAAUUGGGGUGGUGGGAGAGAGAAUAUCUGAUGCAAAUGGAACUCACAUGAUCAAUCCAAGCAUUGGACCCCAAAGAAACAAGAGCAUACAAAUGAAUGAAGCGGUACAGGUGCAAAUUGAAGUGCAGAGAAGACUACAUGAGCAGCUAGAGGUACAAAGACAUUUACAGCUCCGGAUAGAGGCUCAAGGAAAGUAUCUCCAGGCAGUGCUGGAGAAAGCACAGGAAACGCUGGGAAGACAGGACUUGGGAACAGUUGGAUUAGAGGAUACCGAGGUUCAGAUAUCAGAACUGGUCUCCAGAGCAUCCACCCAAUGCCUGAAUUCAUCAUUUUCAAAUACGAAAGAACUGUCAGGUUUGUGUCCACAGCAAACACAAACAGCACAGCCAACAGAUUGUUCGGUAGAUAGCUGUUUGACAUCCUGUGAAGGUUCUCUGAGGGACCAAGAGAUACACAAUAACCCGAUGUUGACACCUCUGCAUCGUCGUUCACCAAUGGAGACAAAACAAAUCGACAAUGGACUAACAUUUAAUCAUGCUGAUCUUAGAUGGCCUGAAGACAUGAAGGAGCACAGCAAGUGUCUUUCUGCAAUGGAUGAGGAUGCAGAAGAAGCAUUUUCUAUAAAAACAAACUCCCGCAAUUUAUCGAUGAGCAUUGGACUUCAAGGCGGAAAAUGGAAUGGCAUGAUCAACAGCAACUCGGAGGGAAGAUUUAGAGGAAUGGAUGCAGAUAUCAAAUUAUUUGAGCAAAACAGCGAUAGGAAAGAUUUUGUAAAACCGGAGAUGGAGAAGAUGCUGCAAGGAUACAAGUUGCCUUAUUUUUCUCCAAAACUAGAUCUAAACGCCCACGAUGAAAAUGAUGCUGCUUCAAGUUGCAAGCAAUUCGACUUGAAUGGCUUCAGCUGGAGCUGAGAGAGAGAGAGAGAGAGAGAGGAAUGGCUACAGUACAAUUUUAUUUUACAGCAGAAAUGGAAAUCAGAACUUCAGUUCAAAAACUUGCUUCUCUCUCUGAUUUUGAUCAAGGUUUGUAAGAAUUCCAAGCAGAGAGGUUGCCUGGGAUUUUAUUAGAAAAACUUUGUAUCAUAUUGAGAAAUAAAAGAAUUCUUCAAUAAU